AUGGCGGACCAGCAGCAGCUGCAACCGGAAGAGAUGAACAUUGUCCAUGCCGGUGGCCUUGACCUGCCUCCAGGGUUCCGCUUCCAUCCGAGUGACUUUGAGAUUGUCAAUGACUACCUCACGAAAAAGGUGCUCAACAGGGACUUCAUCUGCGCCAUCGGGGAGGUCGACCUAAAUAAGACUGAGCCAUGGGAUCUCCCAAGGGACGCAAAAAUGAAUGAGAAAGAGUGGUACUUCUUCUCACAGAAGGACCGCAAGUACCCGACAGGGCUAAGGGCGAACAGGGCCACGAAAGCUGGUUAUUGGAAGGCGACCGGCAAGGACAAGGAGGUAUACAAGCCCAACAAAGGGGAAGGGGUGGCGCUGCUUGUCGGCAUGAAGAAAACGCUUGUCUUCUACGAAGGUAGGGCUCCCAGGGGCAACAAAACAAACUGGGUGAUGCACGAGUAUAGGCUCGAAGGCAGCGGCAGGCUCCCUGGCCCCACAUCUGCAUCCAGCUCAGCCACCAAUGCCGACAUGGCUAUGAAAGCUUCAGCUUCAGCUUCCAAGGAUGAGUGGGUGGUCUGUCGUGUGUUCCACAAGACCACUGGGAUUAGGAAGACGACUAUACCGGCGUACCAAGUGGCAAUGCCCGGUGCUGAGAUUGAUCAGAAUCAGAACAACAUCCCGGCCGUGCCCAUCCCCAUGUCGCUGCAGCUACCGCAACCCGUGCGCAUGCCAAUGCAAUAUCCCAUCCUGCCAGACUUUGCCAUGGACCCGGUGCCCCCCUACUACCCCAACCCCAACGCUAGCAUGGGGAUGCCACUGGUGAUGCCGCCUAUGGUAGGUAUCGGUGGUGCUGGUGGGCUCCAUAUCAACGGUGCCCUAUUCGGCAAUCUGAUGGCCAAGCCGCCGCCGAUGAACUUCUACCAUCAGAUGGGCAUGGGGGCAGCCGAUGGCCAGAUGGGCAUGGGGGAACCAGCAGGCCAGAUGGGCAUGGGGGCACCAUUAGGCCAGAUGGGCACUGGAGCUAUUGGCCAGAUGGACAUGGGAGCAGCUAGCGUUGGCGGCUUCGAUGUUGCUGCGCCUGAGAGUAGGCCGUCCUCGAUGCUGUUGCAGACGGAUGAGCAUGCUAAUGCUGCUGAGAUCACAUCGAUGAUUUCUGUGACCGGCCUAGGGUCCAUCGCCACCACCGUAGAGAUGGAUGGCAUAUGGAAGUACAAGUACUGA